GUAACGCUUCCGGUUAUUGACGCGCAAUGUUGAGAAAUUCACACUGCGCUGACGUGGUGCAAUCAAAACAAGUGUCGCUUUGUAACCUCGGUUUCACUUUCUCGUCAUUAGCGGAGCGUUUUGAAGCCCGCGGAGUGGACUUUCUCGCUAGCAUUUGCAUUAGCCGAAGAAACAGGUAGAAGCUUUGAUCUCAACAGGAAUCAGGGUCCAUUUUCCUGCCUGGUGGUCAUCAUGCGGCGCCGUGAGAGGAGCUCCCAGCUGGGGCUGCUGCUCCUGGCCUCCCAGCUGUAUCAUGUGGGCUUGAACAACAUCCCCCCGGUCACCCUGGCUGUCCUGGGCCUCAACGUAUACCUGUUCCUGUUCCCUGCAGCACCACUGAUGCAGGCUUGUGUGAGCGUCCAGCAGGCGUACAGGUUAAAAGACUGGCGCCGCCUGCUGCUGUCGCCACUGCACCACGCGGACGACAUGCACCUGUACUUCAACAUGGUGUCCUUCCUCAUGAAAGGCAUCAGAUUGGAGCGGCGGCUGGGCAGCGUCUGGUUCUCCUAUGUGCUGUCUGUCUUCGCUCUGCUUAUAGGAGUGGUCUACGUGGGACUGGAGGCGGCUCUCACUGAGCUGACCCAGGACGAGUCGUACAGCAAAGCGUGUGCAGUCGGCUUCUCAGGGGUGAUUUUUGCCUUGAAGGUGCUCAGUAACCAUUACUACCCAGGGGGUGUGACCUAUGUGAUGGGUUUCCCCGUGUCCAAUCGCUAUGCAAGCUGGGUGGAGCUUGUGCUGAUCCAUAUAACAGCACCAGGGACCUCCCUGAUUGGUCACCUAUCGGGUAUCUUGGUGGGCCUGCUCUACACUGCUGGACCACUGAAGAAGGUGAUGAAGACGUGUGCAGCAUGGAUGAGUUCAAGCGCCUUCACUUCAAGUUCUGGCUACACAUCCUCAGGCUACAGUGGCACCAACGGAGGCUACUCAAGCAGAAGCCAUGACUACACAACCCGUGACUCAUCUUACACAGGUGGACUGACAGAGGAGGAGCAGCUGGCGGCAGCCAUCAGGAACAGCCUCAAUGACAGGGGACACCACAGCCACAGAGAAGGCCCUCCCCUUCCGUAUGGUUUCCGCCUAUCAGAGGAGGAGCUGCGUUGGAGGAGGCUGAGGAGGUUGGACAGCUGAACCUGAAAGGAGCUGCAGAUGGAGACCACAGAGCUCCCCGCCCAUGAAUGCUGGUACACUUCCAAAAGGAGAAGGUGGCAUGCCGCCAAGCGCUGCUGGCAUGAGGAACUCAUCGUGUUUGAACGUCGGCCCUGUUGAUCAUGGAAGCUGGCGAGGAGUUUAGAUUUGCGUGGACUUUUUAUGUAAGCUAUUACAAGCACUUUGUGGUGAACACUUAGAUGCUUUUAUUAAACUCUUGUGAAGGCGGGACUCAACUGCUUGUUGGGCAUGUUUGACAGCUCAUUAAAGGACUGUAGCAGCUCGUUCAUAAUUACAUUCUCUUUUUUUACCAACAAGUAAAAGAACACCAAUAGUAGUUCAAAGGAAAAGAUGAAAAAUGAACAAAUGUAUUUUUCUCCGCAUACAAAUUGUAAAUUUUUAUUUGGCAUAAAUAAAACAAAUGUUAA